AUUGAUGAGAGCAUUUGCUCUAUCAGAAAAGUUUUGUUUCCUGCACACCAAACAAUUACUUCCUUCAAUUAGUCCUCCUGGACCAUCUUUUCUUGGAGCUUUGUGUACAUAUCUAGUUAUUUGUUCUAUUGAAAAAUCUGUUCUAGCUAUAUAGAGUCCAAGAUCCUCUUUUUCUAGACACAUACUGGUUAUAUCAGGUUGAUUCAGUUUGUUGCUUACGAUUCUGCAGGUAAACCUUUUUGCAUUUGGAUAUCUAAAGAAAAUACAUCCCAUUGAGAGGGGAACCAGCAGAGAAUGGCAUCUCUAACACCAGGUGUUCUACUAAAGCUUCUCCAAGGCAUAGAUUCAAAUGUUAAAGUUCGUGGAGAAUAUCGUUCUGUCCUUCUACAAGUUAUCAGCAUUGUGCCUGCUCUUUCUGGGUCUGAACUGUGGCCUAAUCAAGGUUUUUUCAUCAAAGUAUCUGAUUCCUCUCAUUCAACAUAUGUUUCACUUUUAAAGGAAGACAAUGAGCUUAUCUUGAACAAUAAGUUACAACUAGGCCAGUUCUUCUAUGUCGAUAGAGUCGAAGCUGGAACUCCAGUUCCUAUCCUGGUGGGUGUUAGACCGGUCCCAGGACGAAAUCCUUUCGUAGGGAAUCCCAAGGACUUGAUGCAAAUGUUGGUUCCAUCCGAAGGCCCUGUGUCAGUUGAUCAAAAGCCAAGGGAAUUAGUGGAAAUGAAAGAGGAAACCCCAAGACAAAGGAUUGUUAUCAAAGAAGAAAAGGCGGUUGUUGCAUCCCGGUAUAUGCAAGGUGUUUUGAACUCAAACUCAAAGGCCAGUGGAGCAAAUUCUGGUGGGGAGAAUGAUAAUUGUGGUAAGAAUAUUGCACCGGUGAAAGCAAAGCAGCAGGAGCCCAAAGUUCAGGCACACUCUACGAUUCCUCCGCGCAAUCGUCCUAAUACUGUUUCAUCAAGGGAAGAGUCUCCUGCAUCUUACACCAAAGAGAGUUCAGUGCUUCCUAGGAGCAUAUCUGCAAGACGACACUCCAAUAGACCGGAAAACAUGGAUUCCAAAUUCUUGGAAAGCAAAGUAGAUAAAGACUUUUCGUCUGAGGCAACAUUAUGGACUUCUCUGCCUGCUAACCUCCUGAAGCCUGGAAAGGUAAUGCUUAGGAGAAGACAUCUUGCUUCUCUGGUUGCAGCAGAAGCUCAAAAGGAAGCUUUGACAGCUGCAACCCUUGUCAAGUGUCUUAGUACGUUUGCAGAUUUAUGCUCCUCUGCCUCUCCGGAGAACCCCCACACCUCUCUGGCCAAGUUCUUCACACUUCAACAGCUGAUCGACAAACCCAAUGAAACAACUCCAUUAAAGGAUAAAUCACUCCAGUUAUCCACUCACAUCGCUGUUUCAGAGACGGACAAGCAAACCAAAAAGGCUGGCCUCAUUCCAGGUAGAAGUACAGUGAAGGCUUCCAAACCCUUUAUAGAAUUAAGUGGAACCGAGAAGCUAGAAUGGGCAAAGGGGGAUGGUGCAAAAGAGGUGAAAGAACUGAGAGACAAUCUCAUCAAUGAAACUAGAAUAUGGUUUUUGAGAUUCUUGGAGGAAGCACUGGAUGCCGGGUUUCGUGUUAAUACACAGGAAAUUAAAGGUAAGGACAAUGCUAAGCGACGAAUGGAACCAGAGAAUCAUAUUGCUGUCAUAUUGUCUCAGUUAAAGCAUGCAAAUCAAUGGUUGGACAAAGUUAGGAGCAAUUUAAGCUCAGAGAACAGUGGACUAAUUGAGGCUGUUGAUCGGCUAAAGCAAAAGGUCUAUACUUGCCUCCUAUCUCAUGUAGAUUCUGCUGCAUCGGCCCUGGAGAACCGGUCUGAUCAUAGUUAAAAUCACCUAUAACUCUACAUGCUCUAGUAUUUAUGAAUAAAUUGUUUAACCCCAAAACUUGUCAAUGUUGCUGAAUAUUUGGCUGAAAAUAUUUAUACUGUGAAUUAUAUAUGUAAUGUCAUUUGCAUAGAGGAUAAUUAACUACAGUCUACAGGUCA